GCGUACUCAUUGGAAAUGGAGAAGCUGGCGCAGGAAUCGCUCACCUACUGUGAUCAGCCCUUUCAAGAAUCAGAUCCAAAAUAUCAAAAUGUCGGUGUGGUUACAAUGGCAUCACAAGACGUGAAACCACAAUUUCGUGACCUGUGCGAGGUAAACAGCACAUCUUUCGACUCGAAAAAGGACAAUUGUGAUGACGAUUGCCAUAACUACAAGCAGUUGCUCUUCUUCAUCAGAAUUGGCAGUCACAAUUCACGAACGCAGGAUCCAAUCAAAUUGAUCGAAAACACACUCGCUCAAUCCGGUGGUUUUGGCUGUGACUUCAAACCAAAGGUCGUUUACGUGCAUCAGCUGUCUAACAUCUUUCCUGAACAAUCGUCUCAGGAGUCUGGUUACGGUGAUUGGGACAUUUCGGCAGUGGAAACUCGGCACGCAAAAUACCGUCUCACACGCAUUGAGGUUAUGGGUCAGAGUAAGAUGCAAACGCACUCAUUCACCUACCCGCAGGAUGCCUCAGAUGGCAAGGUUGAAUUCACUCAACGCCGCAAAUAA